CGACCAAAAUCCCAAACAAGGAAAUGGUGGGGUAAUAAAAACGAUCGGAUCAUUUAAUUAAUGCAUGUAAUAAUUAAUAUUUUAUUUUAUUGUAAAUUAAGAAAUAUUUAUGGGUUAAAAUGGACUACGACUUCAAAACGAAGCUCGCCGCCGAGAGGGAGAGAGUGGAAGAUCUGUUUGAAUAUGAAGGUUGUAAAGUGGGUCGCGGCACAUACGGGCAUGUUUAUAAAGCGAAGCGUAAAGACGGGAAGGAUGAGAAGGAGUAUGCACUGAAACAGAUUGAAGGAACGGGUAUUUCCAUGUCUGCCUGCAGGGAAAUUGCUUUGCUAAGAGAGCUGAAGCAUCCAAACGUCAUCGCGCUGCAGAAAGUGUUUCUGUCUCACAGUGACCGCAAAGUCUGGCUCCUGUUUGACUACGCCGAGCAUGAUCUGUGGCACAUCAUAAAAUUUCAUCGAGCAUCAAAGGCCAACAAGAAGCCCAUGCAGCUGCCCAGGGGGAUGGUGAAGUCUCUGCUCUACCAGAUCUUAGACGGCAUCCAUUACCUGCACGCCAACUGGGUCCUGCACAGAGACCUGAAACCUGCCAACAUCCUGGUAAUGGGAGAAGGUCCAGAGCGAGGAAGAGUCAAAAUUGCUGAUAUGGGUUUUGCUCGACUCUUCAACUCUCCGCUGAAGCCUCUGGCUGAUCUGGACCCAGUGGUCGUCACCUUCUGGUACCGAGCGCCUGAACUGCUCCUUGGGGCGAGACACUACACCAAAGCAAUCGAUAUUUGGGCAAUAGGCUGUAUCUUUGCGGAGCUGCUGACGUCAGAGCCAAUCUUCCAUUGUCGACAAGAGGACAUAAAGACCAGCAAUCCUUUCCAUCACGACCAGUUAGAUCGCAUAUUCAGCGUCAUGGGCUUCCCAGCAGAUAAAGACUGGGAGGAUAUCAGAAAAAUGCCAGAGUACCCUACCUUACAGAAAGAUUUCAGAAGAACCACAUAUGCCAACAGCAGUCUCAUCAAAUACAUGGAGAAACAUAAGGUCAAACCAGACAGCAAAGUGUUUCUACUGCUGCAGAAGUUGCUGACUAUGGACCCCACCAAAAGAAUCACAUCUGAGCAGGCACUGCAGGACCCCUAUUUCCUGGAGGACCCCUUACCAACGUCUGAUGUGUUUGCCGGCUGUCAGAUCCCCUACCCCAAACGAGAGUUCCUGAGUGAGGAUGAACCAGAGGAGAAAGCAGAGAAGAAUCAGACGCAGCAGCACCAGCAGACGGCUGCGCAGACGCAGACACAGACGCAGCAGGCUCCGACACAGCAGAGCUCAGCGCAGACCAACGGCACAUCGGGCACCGCAGGGGCAAACACAGGGCCGUCCAUGCAGCACGGCCAGGACCAGGGGCCACCAAACAAAAAAACCCGCACCUCAGGAACCGGUGUUCUUCAAACAGACUACCAGCACUCCAGCUCUCGACUUGGCUACCAGAGCAACGUCCAAGGCUCCACCCAGUCACAAAGCACUAUGGGAUAUUCAUCCUCAUCUCAGCACUCUCAUCAGUCUCACCGAUACUGAGACUCAAGAACACACAUAAAAGCACUUAAAUACUUAACAUAUUCACCACAAGCAGAAAACCAGGCAAAUCAGCAUUGUCAUUCAGUCGGAGUGCCGGGUCAGCCCCGCAUUCGAGCCAGCAUAUCCAAAACUACACAAUUACACAACCAAUGCCACUCCAACCAAAGCACAACUCUGCAACCCCUUCCUUUGAGCAGAACUUCUCUGAAGGACCAGAGCCAUGAUCAUCCAUCAGAACUGGACAUCUCAGCAGAUUUAAUCAUCCUCAAGCUCCAGCGCCAACCAUGCCUGAAGAUCUGUAAUGCUCACACUGUCUUACUUUACCACCAUUAGACCAAACCAGUCUCAAGACCAUCAGUCGAAUGCUGUCUAGGUCAUGGUUACAGAAGGAAGUGACUAUUUCUUAAAGGGGCAGUUCACACAAAAAUGAACGUUCCUCAGCGUUUACUCACACUUGAGUGGUCCUACACUCUUCUGUUGAAGAUAAAGGAAGAUCUACUGAAGACUGUUGGAAAAAAGCAGCCACUAGCUGUGUUUCCAUUCAAAUAUGCAAAUUAGGUUUAUGUACAAAACUGGAAUAUUGCAUAAAACAUUUGCAAAUAAAAUCGUCACUUCGUGAUACACUGGCGCCAAAAAUCAGACAGAAAAAUGUUUCUGUCGUAGACAUGGCUGGGCGAUAUGGCCUUUUUUAGGAAUGCUUGGAGUUGGAGGAUGUUAAACUAUAUAACCUAUAAAACCAGCACAAUCUCACGGCAAUUCGUAACUUUUUGAUUUAGUAGCUAAUUCGUAUGAAUUCAUACGAUCUAAUUCGAACAAUUUAGUACGAUUUGCUAAUCACCCAAUGACGGUUGGGCUUAGGGGCGGAGUUAGGUGCCACGCCUCCAUUUUUAAAUCGUAACUGAAUUCAUACGAAUUCGUACGAAUUAGCCACUAAACUGACAAAAUGUAAAAUACUUACGUUUUUUCGUGAGAUCAGGCUGAUAUAUCCUAUAUAACCUUAUCAUAAUUAUAAUUAACUAUAGGAUUUAAAAAAGGUCAUUUAAAAAUUAUAUUUUACAAGCUCUAUUUAUAAUUGCAAACAAGACGUUCAUUCAUUCAUUUCGGCUUAGUCCCUUUAUUAAUCCGGGGUCGCCACAGCGGAAUGAACCGCCAACUUAUCCAGCAUAUGUUUUACGCAGCGGAUGCCCUUCCAGCUGCAACCUAUCACUGGGAAACAUUCAUACACUAUGGACAAUUUAGCCUACCCAAUUCACCUGUACUGCAUGUCUUUGGACCCACAUGAACACAGGGAGAACAUGCAAACUCCACACAGAAACGCCAACUGACCCAGCCGAGGCUCGAACCAGCGACCUUAUUGCUGUGAGGCGACAGUACUUCCUACUGCGCCACUGCGUUGCCUACAAGACGUUUAUAUUAAUAAUAAUAAUAAUAAUAAUAAUAAUAAUGACACCAUUUUAUUGAAAUGAAAGUAAAGUACAGUGAAGGUAAACUCAUAAUGAUUGUUAAAAAGGCGCCCCUUUUCAAGAUGAUUCACUUGGGUUUUCAUUAUAAAGGAGCAUGCAUUCAGAGCUUUAUUCAGUUUUAUUUAGUGCUAAAUCAGUUCAUAUACUCACAUUAGGCUAGUGGGUUAGCAUUUAAUUGCUUUUAUUUAUGUCGGGUCGCUGCAUCUGCUAGAUUAGUCUAGUGCAGUGUUUCUCAACCACGUUCCUGGAGGCCCACCAGCUCUGCACAUUUUCCAUGUCUCCUUAACCAAACACACCAGAUUCAUAUCAUCAGCUCAUUAGCAGAGACCGAAACAUCUGUAAUGAGUGUGACAGAGAAAGGAGAUAUCCAAAACAUGCAGUGCUGGUGGUCCUCCAGCAAUGUGGUUGAGAAACACUGGUCCAGUGCACUGAGUGAGUUUUGUCAGUGUUGAUAUUUAACGUCUUUAUGGCUGGGUCACAUUAUUUAUCCAAAAACAGCAACGUUGGAUUCCAACCUUAGAUUCGCUAACGCUUCCUUUCAUAUACGCAUCUUCUUCAUUAAUUGUCUUAUCCAGUACUUCUUACAGUGAGAAACACAAGGUGUGUCUGACGGUGAAUGUGUGACCAAGAGCCCUGAAUUAUGUGUUUUUUAGCAGGUGUCAUGUGUAUUCGUGUUAUUUAAUUUCAAAGAGCGCAACAUUUCUCCGAGUUCUUCCCGGCUCGCUGCCAUUUAGUUAGGUACAAUUGCCUUGAUCCAUGCCGAAGCGCAAUUGUCCCCCCUUUCCCUCUUCCUUGACAGCCUGCACUCACACUGCAUUUUGCCUUCCGAACUUGAGCACGCUUACAUCAUAGAUGAUGCGUUUGAUCAGUUUAACAACGAGAGAAGUGCUCUCGCUCACCACAGUGGAGAUUGUGCUUUAGUUCUAUUGUUAUAGUCCGUUGGGAUGCAUUGACAGAUCAAGCACUUCUGACGCUCAUAAAUGUUCAUGAAAGUCCUGGUGCUGCAGGUAUUAGGAGGUUUUUGAAGGUGCAGCUGUCGUGCAGUGAGGGGUUUGCGUCUUAUAAUAAACUACAACAGUUUGUGUUCAUUGAACAGUAAGAAUGAUUAAUGAACAAACAGUCCCUUAAAAGUGACGUCACGUUUUCAGUUUCGGGCUCAGGUGUGCUUUGCACUCACACUACAAAGCGCACCGCGCCAAAGCCCAACUGAACCACGCUCUGGCAUACCUCUUCCAAACAAACCAGGGCCGGCCAAGUGAACCACACCUUGGUCCGAUUCGGAGCACUCACACUUGUCAAACGAACCGGGAAACAUGCCUGGGGACGGUUCGAAUAGCAUAGUGUGAGUGCACCCUGUGAGUGUGUUUCUAUGGCAAAUAUGGGGGAACCCAGAGGGUAGCGUCACUUGUUAGGGUGUCAUGGGUGAAAACCGAUUUACAUUCAAACAAAUCGAUGUGAACCACACACUCAAGUUAAUGGAUAAAAUCGAUUUAUCGCCCAGCCCUAGUUGUAGAAGAUGCUCUUUUGGGGGUGCAGAUGCUCAAGACAGUUCUGGGAGUAGGGUUGCACAAUAUAUGGUUUAUCGAUAUCGAAGUGUUCUCAUCUUUAAUAGUCACAUUGCAGACAACAUGUGCAGUUUUUAGUAAGUAUUAUAGUUGAUAUACACUACAGGUCAAAAGUUUGGGGUCAGUGGGAUGUUUAAAUGUUUUAAAAUAAGCUUCUCCUGCUCACCAAAGCUGCGUUUAUUUAAUCAGCCAGUGCAAACGGGUGAGUAGCGGAGUGACAUGUGCUCUUUUGGGUUCAUCAAAGACCACUCGUGCUGCUGCGUUCUGAAGCAGCUGAAGAGGUUUGAUAGAGUUAGCUGGAAGCCCGGCUAGUAGAGAGUUGCAGUAAUCCAGUUUGGAGAGAACAAGAGCUUGAACAAUGAGUUGAGCUGUAUGUUCAGAUAGGAAGGGUCGGACCUUUCUGAUGUUAUAGAGUGCGAAUCUGCAAGAUCGAGCAGUUCUAGAAAUGUGGUCAGAGAAGUUCAGUUGGUCAUCAAUCGUUACUCCAAGGCUUUUUACCAUUUUGGAUGCAGUAAUGGUUGCUCCAUCCAUCUGGAUUGAAAAGUUAUGGUGAAGAGUCGGGUUGGCAGAAACUUCAAGCAUUUCCGUUUUCGUGAGGUUAAGCUGAAGAUGAUGAUCUUUCAUCCAGUGUGAAAUGUCUGACAGGCAGGCUGAGAUGCGAGCUGGAACCGAGGGAUCAUCAGGGUGAAAAGAGAGGUAUAGCUGGGUGUCAUCAGCAUAGCAGUGGUAGGAAAAUCCAUGUUUCUGGAUUGUUUCUGGACUGGUCCUAAAGAUGUCUUGUAGAUGGAGAAGAGAAGUGGCCCAAGAACAGAGCCCUGAGGUACCCCAGUGUUUAGAUGCUGUAGGUUGUAGUAGUAGUAGUAGUAAUAAACGCAAUAAUGACUGGACUAAUAAUUUCACUUGAAAAUACAUACAAUAAGUAAUAAAUAAAUAUUUAAUAAAUUAAAUAGAUUUUCACUAUAAUGAAGUGAAGUUUGAGGUUUUUGAGGCGUAUGAAUGUGAGCAUUUUAAGAGAGUUUAAUGCAUUCAGACACAAGAAAUGUAUCAGAUUCUGUACUUGCAUACUGUCGAUGUACGUACACACCAGGACACUUUUUGCUUGCACAUUUCGCUGACGUUUAACACCUUGUGUCUAAAUUAAUGGCGCAGAUAUGAUGUUCACACCACCGCACAAAACACUAGAUCAUCAUGUAAAAGAUUUACGCUCAUUUUUACACUUCCUUUUGGUUUGUUUUGAUGCGACUCGGCACUUUUUCUUCACGUGCCUUUCCAGCAUUCUUCAGUUUAUCUUCCUUGGUGUUCAAAUAAGGACAAAACCGGUUUGGAACAAGUAGAGUAUGAGUAAAGGAUGACUGAUAUUUCAUGAUGGAUGAAGUGUCCCUUUAAAGGUGCUGUCCCACUGGGCCUAUCUGAAAAUAAAAAGUGUUUCUUCAGGGGUGUCACAGCUAGUGAACCUCACCCCAUCCUUCUUUCUUUCAUUCAUCGGCCAUCCGCACUGUACAGUGAUGAGGAUUUUGGCCCAGCGAGCGCAGUGUUUUGUUACGGUUGUGACUGGAUCUCAGAUUAACGUGAGGUGGCAGUGUUAUUCAUGGAGUCAGUCUGCUCGGUAGAUGUGUGCGAUGCAGAUGCUGUAUCUGUUUCUUCGAGACUGAAAUCGGACUAGCGGGACACCGUCCCUACACACGGUCAGUAGCACGAUCCAAACUUCCACAUCUCUGUUUGUAUUUAUUUAUUUUUUUGUAUUCUAUUUCCUAUCAGUGUGGGUUUAUCGUCCGAGAUGGCGCCCCUGAAGCUAAGCAGAGACAUUUACGGUAUAUAUAAGCAAUUGUACAUAGGAAGCGAAAGUUCCCUCUUAUCUUUCUUCUCCUCAGCCUGCAUGUGCGGACAGUCGAGCAGAGACUGGAUUUCUGUAUCAUAACGUGUGCAUAUUAUAAAGACUGAAGAACAAAGAGCACUUACUGAGAGAAAGGAAGCCCCAGCAUGACUCUGUGUGUCAUCUCUCAUAGCUAUCACUGCGUUACUACACACAUCUGCUUUUGUUAUGGAAGAGAGUUUUUAUUUGAUUUUAUUUUUGUAAAAUAUAGACGUACAGAAUCGAGUAUAUGAGAGGAAACCCUGAGACAUUCGUCUUCAUCAAAGUUCUUUUUGCAUUAGUUAUAACAACAACAAUAAAAGUAAUAACAGCUAUUCAA